AUGUCUUUUUAUAUUUACUAACUAACUGAUUUUCCCCCCUCUUAAACUAAUAGACAAUGCAAUAAAGGCUUUGAUUUUAAAGGAAUAUAAUGCUAUAAUUGGAAUUAUCCUAUUGGAUUUCAUAGUCGCUUUUACUCUGAGGUAAAUUCCUAUGCCUCAGCAUUUGAUUUGGAUUAUAAUCAAAAUGUCAUAAUUACAGGAGUAACUAAAGAUAAUACAAUAAAUAAUGGACUCAAUACUGCCUUCUACCAGUAUCAUAGUGUAAAUGGAGAGAAAUGGCUGAAAACCUUCUUAUAAGAGAAUCUCUUACUGGCUAAUUCUGUUAAGAUUCAAAAAACUAAAAACUAUGCUUAGAAGAUUGUAUCAGUGUUAAAAGGAAAUUAGGGAAUGAUGCUAAUAAUGUUAAUUAAUGCUACUGAUGGAGAGAUGAUAAAACUUUACUAAGAUAACAGUGAUUAACUACGACCUUUAUAUGAAAUUAAUUAGCCUAACUCAAUUGUAUUUACAGAUGAUAAUCAGUUUUUUAUUUCUGCCUUUAAUUUGGACAAAAUAUAGAAUGUUAUUGCAAGAUUUGAUUUCUCAAUUUUGGGAACAUCGCUUAAUGGCAAGUGGUCAAAAAUUAUUGGAUCAUAGUAUCCUAGUCAUUAAUUUUUGUCAAUUUACCUAGAUGAGGUGAACGAUGGAUUAUUUUUAAAUUUUAAAAAAUCCUUUGUAUUCGACUCAUUUACUCAUAAUGCAAGAUUAGGAAUUAUCAAACUUAAUGCUAAAACUGGUUAGCCUUUGUGGUCUCGUGGCUUUGAGUAUAAUAAGACAACUCUUGAGUCAGAUAAGACAUUCAUUUCAGAGUUUAGUGUUUAUAGGUUAAAUGCCUAAGAAAUAAUUGGAAUAUGUUCUCACACCCAACAUGGAGAAGAUGUGUUAUAUAAUAUGUAGUUCUCACUAUUAUAGAUUGACUAUGUUUCUAAUUAAUAUUCAAUGUACAUAACAGAGUUAAACAAAAAUUAAAGAUGUAGAGAUGUGAAAAUUAAUUCAAUGAAUUAGUUUUACGCAUUAUCGAAUGAUUAAACUGAAUAUUUCGGUCAUAUGUUCUUUUACAAAAUAAAUUUUAACAAUACGAAUAAUGUGUCAAUACUUGAACAAGCAAUAAUUUUCUAAGAUUACAGAUGA